UCCCUCACUUGAACUGCCACCCGGGUCAAACGUGGACAGGAGCAGUGCCGUGAGAGCAGCAGGAGGGAGAGGAUCGCUCCACCGGCUCCACGUACGCAUGGGGAACAACGGCAGCUCCACGGUGGAUGAUCUGCAGGCCGUGGAGAUCCACCACUGGUACAAAAAGUUCAUGAAGGAGUGUCCUUCUGGCCAGCUGACAGAGCAUGAAUUUAAACAGUUCUUUGGUCUCCGAGGGCUGGAUCCAGAAGCCAAUGAGUACAUCGAGCAGAUGUUCCGCACCUUCGAUAUGAACAAGGAUGGAUAUAUUGACUUCAUGGAAUAUGUGGCUGCCCUCAGCCUGGUUCUCCGUGGGAAGAUGGAGCAGAAGCUGCGGUGGUACUUCAAGCUCUAUGAUGUAGAUGGCAACGGCUGCAUCGAUCGACACGAGCUGCUCAAUAUCAUUAAGGCUAUCCGAGCCAUUAAUGGUGGUGACCAUGAAACUAGUGCAGAAGAGUUCACCAACAGAGUCUUCAACAAAAUUGAUGUCAAUGGAGAUGGUGAACUUUCCCUGGAGGAAUUUGUGGAGGGAGCAAGGGAAGAUGAGGAGUUCAUGGAAGUGAUGAUGAAAAGUUUGGACCUGCAGCACAUCGUGACCAUGAUCAACAACCGUCGGCACAGCGUGUAAAUGGAGCUGGGAGAGAAGGUGCUGUGCCAACAGACAGACAGACAGAAGGGUGCCCAGACAGCAGGAAGCAGAGACAAGCACUUUUGAAACCAAACAAUAUUUCCAUUAACAUGAACAUGGAAGUAGGGACAGCAAGACACAGCUGUAUUUGUGUUUCUGAGAACCAACUUUCAAGCUCAGCCACAUACUUGAAAGGCAGCUUCUGACAAACUGGAUCUGAGUUGGCAGCGUUUGACUUGACUGCCUACACUUUAGAGGGUCAACUUUCAGGGCACAAAUCUUCCUCUCCUUACUCUUUGUCACUUUGCAAUGGACUAAAAGCAAUGUGAUGAGCACUGGCAGAACUGGGUGAUGGG